CCAAGGAAGGCGGGAUUUUUCAACGGUUCGCUCAGAAAACACCACCCACAGUGCCCCAAGGGCAAGGGAUCAUGGGAGCCGCCCGGAAUUCAGAUUGGGGGAAGGAACGGGAGGGAUUGUGAAGGCACCCUUUGCAAAGGAUCAUGGGAGCAGCCUUGCAAUUUGUUCAAAAGCACCAAUGAGCUUCUGUGGAGGGGAGCACCGUUUGCAAAGGAUCAUGGGAGCAGCCCUGCAAUUUGUCAAAAGCACCCAUGAGCUUCUGUGGAGAGGAGCACGGUUUGCAAAGGCUCAUGGGACUUUGGCCAGGAACGGUGCUGGUUUGCAGAGGGCAGACUAUCCGAAGCCAGACCCAGCAACAUGUCCUGAACGUGUAUUCGCGCAUUCGGGAAGACAACCCGGGCCUAAGUGUCGAUGAAGCCGUCGCGGAGACCUCGAGGUUGACCGGCGUGUCUUCUAUGGCCGUCUACCGGGCAAAGAAGCAAUGGCACACCUCAGGCGGAGUUCUCGAGUCGCCGGGCAAGAAAAGACCUCGCAAAUCGGGGGCGAAGAAGCGCAACGCGAAGUGCAACAGCGUCACUUGCUGUGCGAUCCGGGCCAUUGUCCACAAGUAUUUCUUCAAAAACGAACCGCCAACCCUGAAAGAAAUACUUAGAGACGUCAAUGGUGACCCGGAGCUGCCGUGCAUUUCGAAAACGACGCUGCACCGCGUUUUGAAAGAGAUCGGCUUUGCCUACGAUCGGCAGCAUAAAUAUUCCACCCUGACCGACAAGCCUGAAAUCAUAGCUUGGAGGCACCGAUACCUGAGACAGAUUCGUCAGUUUCGUUCUGAGGGAAGGAAGAUAUUUUUCCUGGAUGAGACGUGGAUGAAAGCGGGGCACACGGUCUCGACCUGUGGGCAAGAUCAAACUGUCAAGUCGGCUAAGGAGGCAUUCUUGAAGGGCUCGCCUUCAGGAUUGAUUUGUGCUCACUGUGGGAGCGAGCAAGGGUUUGUAGAGGAUGCCUUGCUUCUUCUUGAGGCUAAAAUGGCUGACAGUUACCCUCAGGAAAUGAACGGGGACAACUUCGAACAGUGGUUCACCGAGUUGCUGCCAAAGCUGCCUCCCGCGAGCGUGAUCGUCAUGGACAACGCCUCCUACCAUUCCGUGAGGUCUGAGAAGAUCCCUACAGCUGCAUCGGAAAAGGACACAAUCAGGACGUGGCUAACGGAGAAGGGCAUCUCUUGGGAGCCAGAGCAAGUCAAGCCUGAGCUUAUUCUUCUGGUUCAAAGAGAAAAGCACAAAUUCAUUCGGUAUCGAACAGAUGAGAUGGCUGCCGCUGCUGGCCAUCAAGUGCUUCGCUUACCUCCCUACCAUGCAGAACUGAACCCCAUUGAGUUGGCCUGGAGUCAGAUAAAAGAACACGUGGCCAGAAAUAACACCAUCCUCAAACUGAACAACGUUAGGGAACUAUUCAAGGAAGGCGUGCGUGCAGUGACUCCCGCUAUGUGGACCAGUUUCGUCCAGCAGGUGAUCGAGAAGGAGAGGCAGUUUUGGGACCUUGACCUUUUCCAGGAAAACAACGAAUCCUCCCUCUUAAAGAUCCAUUUGUGGUCAGCAUCUGACAGCGAUUCCUCUGAGAGCGAAGAGAGCUCUGAUUGAAUACAUAAACAAAAAUGGGUAUCAGCUGCACCGGAAGCAAGGAAUACACACAGAGGCAGCCUCACGUUCAAAGCUCUGACCGGGAUCGUCUUUCACCUCACCGGUUGCCAGGCCGUUUGAGCUAAGAAUGGAACCCAGGUCUUUCUCUGUGCCAGGCAGAUGUUCUGCCACGGAGCUGCCGCACCCCCACUCUUGGCUGGCUGAGCCACGAACAUCACUUGGUGACCUCGGCCCUGAUAUUCUCACAGCUUAGCCUACCUCACAAGGUUGUGGAAUACAAAAUGUUUGAAGGGCAGAAUAACAAUGGACAGAAUUUAGGGCUGUAUGAGAUUUUUGUGCACUGAUUUAUAUUUUUAUAGCGAUGUGGGGCUACUUGGACCUUUUCUUUAGAAACAAGCAAACCUCACGACCUUGCUCUUUAUGUUGAUGAAUUCCAGUCUUCUGACGUUCUCCAGCUGUGCUUCGAACUUCGUUACGGCAUUUUAGCAUUUUUAAAAAACAACGGUAAGCCACUGGAGGUUCAAUAUAGUGCUGAUAAAGGCAAUAUGUGUGAUUGGAGCCUUUAAGCUAGGGAUGGCCAACCUAUGGUGCUCCAGAUGCUCAUGGACUACAGUUCCCAUCAGCCCCUGCCAAUUGGCCAUGCCAUGUUGUAGUCCAGUGAUUCCCAACCAGGGUUCCAUGGUACCCUGGGC